UAGAGAAAAUUUCACAGACAGAAAUCAAAACGCAAAACACUUUCUCUCUCUUCACUGUUCGGAGGCCGCAAUCUCUCUUGUCUCCUCCGACCCACCGCCGAUUACCGGUAAGAAUCCUAUUAUAAUUUUAAUUGAUUAUUAAUUUACCGAAUAAUUCAUAUUAAUAACUCAAAAUUCAUCCAAUAACCCAAUAAUGGAAAAACUGUGAGAAGCAAAGGGUGGAAAGAAAUGGAGUGGAAAAUUAACAGAAAAUAAGAUUUUGCAGUGAAUUGAAGCUUCCCCUGAAAAAUCUUGUGAGAGACUCUGUUGAGAAUGAUCAGUACCAUUUGAGGUCAUGGGUCACUCCGAGUGUUGUUCUCAAUCCGAGUUCUAGAGCUCUCUGUUUAUAGCCAAAAUUGCAAAGAGAAGUGAGGCAAAUGAGGCGCAGUCUUGAGGUUUGGAAGAUGGGCACGGUAAAUUACCUGGAGGCACUGAAGCUGCAAGAGAAGCUGGCAGGUGAUAGAAAAGCUCUAAAAAUUACUGAUACCCUAUUAUCUCUACAGCAUCCACCGACGUAUACAGUUGGCAAAAGGGAAACAGUUCAUAAUCUACUCAUUCCUGAUUCUGAGCUCAAGUCCAUGGGGGCGGAACUUCACUAUACGCAAAGAGGAGGUGACAUUACUUUUCAUGGUCCUCACCAAGCAAUCUUAUAUCCCAUUGUUUCGUUGAGAGAUAUUGGUUUAGGGGCUAGAAUGUAUGUUGAGAAGCUUGAGCUAACCAUGAUUGAAUUGGCAUCUAUGUAUGGUGUGAAAGCACAGGCUGGACAAAAAUGUGAAACUGGUGUUUGGGUUGAGGACAGAAAGAUUGGCGCGAUUGGAGUUAGAAUUUCAUCUGGGAUCACAUCUCAUGGAUUAGCAUUCAACAUGGACCCUGAUUUAAACUACUUUAAGCAUAUUGUGCCUUGUGGGAUUGUCGAUAAAGGUGUUACGUCUUUGAAGAAUGAGACAGAUGUAGAGCUUCCUGCUGAAGAUGUGAUACAGGAGCAGUUGAUCGCUUGUUUUGUAAGAAUAUUUGGGUACAACGAUGUUGUCUUAAAAGAUAAAUCUGUGUUAUAAUUUGAUUAAGCAUUAAUGUUAACAUAUGCUGAUACAUUAUCUGACUAAUUUUUUGGAUAAGUAGACAUUGUUCAUUCAUUUGAUCAGAUUAGCAUUGUCGACGAGUAAGCUAUGAUAUCAAAAGCAAAUUUCUUGUGCUGUA